GAGAGAAAUAAUGUCAGAAUUAACUCACAACUGUGAGAAAAAAAGUCUGGAUUAGGAAAUAUAAACUCGUAAUUGUGACAAAAAAAGGUCAGAAUUAUGAGAUAUAAAGCUGCGAUUCUCAAUUUUUUUUCUUUUCUCCACGGUGGAAACGGGCUUCCAUAGAAUUCGCCGAGGUCAAAAAAGACUUCGUUCCAACCUGCAAAUGAGCACUUACAGUACGAGGUCAUUCGAAUAUGGCAUUAAUCUCACUGGCACCAUUAUCAGCAGGUCGAAGUCGAACGGCAUUGUGGGUAAUGUCGGAAACGCUUAAAGGGAUAGUUCACUCAGAAAUGAACAUUCUGUCAUCAUUUACUCAUCCUCAUAUUGUUCCAAAACUGUAUGACUGACUUUCUUUUGCGGAACAUAAAAGAAGAUAUUUGGGGAAAGGUCUCAGUGUGGUUUUGUUUUUGUUUGUCCAUACAAUGGAAGUCAGUGGGCACCAAAACUACCAUGUCGGUGACCAACAUUCUUCAAAUUAUCUUCUUUUGUGUUGCGCCGAAGAAAGAACUGCACACAGGUUUGGAACGACAUCAGGAUGAGUAAAUGAUGACCUGGGCGAACUACCCCUUUAACCAAAUUUUAAACUUAAAAAAAUAAAUCCAAGUCCACUCAGAAUUUCCAUUUACAAAAUGAAUGACUUGGAUGGCAGCAGAGAUCACGUGAUCAGUGAGGAAUUUAUUUAUUUAUUUUUUUAAUAUUUUUAACCUUUAAACCUUCAAAAUGCUCAGCUCUACGCUUAGAGGAGUAAAUUUAGUCUUGCUUGGGAUGUGCCAGAGGAAUAUCAUGGACAGGAGGUGUCCUGUAACAGCAGUAGCAAUUGCUAAAUUGGACACUAGAUGGCGCAGUGAUUCCUCUUCACUCUUCUCUUCACAUUUCACAACUUUAGGAAACAGCAGAAACCCCGAGUAUCCGCGCGAGCUGCUUUUAAGCCCCAACUUCUGGAGUUUACUUGGAUACAAACACACCAUUUUCAGCUGCUGAAUGAUUUCUUCUCUAAGAGUUCCAGUUCCAGAGAACAGACAAACAGUGGAUGUAACUUCAGGCUUUAAUGUGAGAUCAAGUGACAUCUCCUGACGGGAAGGGCUUGGGCCCCGGUUGAGGACAUGGCUGCUUCCAUUGCUCUAACAUCUCUAGUGCGUCUCUGCUCUAUCGUGACUCUUUGAAGAUGAGUUAGAUCGGUCACGGCUCACCUCUGCUUCAUGAGCCAGCAGGAUGCGGCAUCGGUGCGUGCACUCUCCGAGCGUCUCCUGGUAGCGGCGCACAAGGGCCAGGCCGACAAUGUGGUGCAGCUGAUCAACAAGGGCGCCAAGGUUGCCGUCACCAAGUAUGGCCGGACUCCGCUUCAUUUGGCCGCUUAUAAAAACCACAUCGAGGUGGUGAGGAUCCUGUUGAGGGCCGGCUGCGAGCUGGACAUUCAGGAUGACGGCGAUCAGACAGCAUUACACAGAGCAGCUGUGGUGGGAAACAGUGAUGUCAUCACAGCGCUCAUUCAGGAAGGGUGUGCACUGGACAGGCAAGACAAGGACGGGAACACGGCGCUGCACGAGGUCGCGUGGCACGGCUUCAGUCAGUCCGUCAAACUGCUGGUUAAAGCCGGGGCCAACAUCCACGCUAAAAACAAGGCAGGGAACACGGCUCUACACUUGGCGUGUCAGAACGGUCAUGCUCAGAGCACUAAAGUUCUGCUGCUAGGAGGAGCUCGUCCCGACUGCAAAAACAACGUAGGUGACACAUGCCUGCAUGUCUCCGCCCGCUACAACCACGUGGCUGUUAUCCGUGUUCUUCUAGGUGCUUUCUGUUCGGUGGCUGAAAAGAAUCAGGCAGGAGAUACGGCCCUGCACGUGGCGGCCAUGCUAAAUCAUAAGAAGACGGCGCGUGUGCUGCUGGAAGCUGGAGCCGAUAGAAACAUCCAGAACAACGCAGGACAAACUGCACUGGACCAGGCCAGAGAGAACAACAACCCUGAAGUAGCACUGCUUCUGACUAAAGCACCACAGAUUCAGAGCUUCACCCGUGGCAGAAGUGUGAGGAAAAGGAGGGACAAGUUGAGGGCUGAAGGACGAGCGCAGUCGGUUCCACGCGAUCAGAUGCUGCCGAGUAAGGAAAGCGUGUCUGCGGCGGAAGAAACUCCCAGCAGCGAUCGCUCUGCGCAGAGACACGAGAACUGCAGGAACGAGUCACCGCGUGGCACUCGGCAAAGAGACGGCCGCAGCCGAGUCAAAGAAAAGCCUUCUCUAUCAGACCCUCUAUCCAGUAAAGAGCAGAGAAAGAGGAGUAAAACGAGAGCUUCACCUCCGCGAGCAGUUCCUCCUCCACACAGCUACAAGGCUUACCAGCUGUACACACUGUACAGGGACAAAGACGGCAAGGUCAUGCAGGCUCCUCUGAACGGCUGCAGGUGCGAACCGCUCAUCAACAAACUGGAGAACCAGCUGGAGGCCACCAAAGAGGAGAUGAAGUCCGAGAUCCACACGGUCCAGGAGCUUAUGAACAGCAAGAUGGGUCAGCUGGACCGCAAGAGCAAACACCAGAUCCGAGCUCUGGACAAGAUGACGUUAGAGAGAGUGUCUGCUGAAAGGAUGGAGUGUUUACGUCGCGUCGAUGAGAGGGCCAAAGAGGAGCGGCUGGAGGGUGAAAAGAGACAGGCUUCGAUGGUGAGCGAACUGAAGAAUUGGUGCAUGUCUAAGCUCCAGAGGAUGGAGGCGCGUCUGACGGCAGAUGCACACGGUGCCCCUCUGCGCCGCUCCUCUUCUCUAGAUGGGGGUGACACCCGCUGUCUGGUAACCAGCGACCCAACUGAGCGAUGGGAGGGAGGAGCUACCGGAGAAGAGGACAUGUUGGAUAAUCACUACUUUGUGGUUCAGAUGGACGGCUCUUCGGAUGGCAAACAGAACAUCCAAGAGACGUUCUUCCCAGUGGCUCGGGACAAAUCGGCACCGUCCUCUCCUCUUGUAGUACGGCCAAAAGCACGCACGCUGUUCUCCGCUGACCCCCACAGGCCAGACGGGGAACUGCAAGAGGCCUCAAAUUCGGGCCGAUCCGACAGCCUGUCGCCGUCCGCAGAGCGCCGGAGCGGUGGCCAGAAACAGGACCGGGACGACAAGCACAGCAAGAGUUCUAAAAGUAAGCGCCAUAAAAGGCAUUCUGAAGGAAGGACUCAGAACCAAGAUGGGACUAAUACCCUAGAGGAGACAUUUCCUCAGGAGCAGGCCGACGUACACGCUCUGGAGGUGACGCAGUGCUUCUUCGAGGCAGUGUCCACACAGAUGGAGCGCUGGUACGAGCGCAAGGUCCAGGAGGCGAGCUGGCAGGCCGAGCAGCGAGCACGAGCCGAUCGCGUCACUCUACUGGAGAGGAUCAGCUGCCUGGAAGACGAACUGAGGCUCCUCAGAACCAGCAGACAAGAGGACAGCUAGUACGCUAGAGCACUGGCCUGGUUAGAUGAAGAUGGUGGAGAUUUCAGGAGGACUGGAUGACCGAGAUCAUGACCACCUGUUAAACACUUUUUGUCUAUAUGAAGGUUUUCAGUCAUCCGGAUCAUACAGAUAGAACCAGGUAGUAGAAGUACUUCAAGGCGUCUGGACUUGUCAUUUUAGAUAUUCACCCAUUCAUCCACUACUCACCGGGUCAUUGUCUGAAAUGAUAUCUUAAGUAUUAAGUACUUAACUGUUUUCAGUAUAAAAUGAAACUUUUGAAUUCAGGGGUUUCCUUGUACCUGUUUCUACCCUUCUUUCAUUCCAGCCCAUGGCAAACAAGAUUUGGGACAUUUUCCCGAGGCUUUUCCAAAAACAACAACAUUUUUUUUGUAGUUUGAUCCAAAUCAUUCCCGGCGCGGUAAAGUAACAAAUCCUGCGGAUUUCUCAGACUAAUCCUACGGCAGUUCUUUGUUCUCACGGAAACGUCAAUUCCUUCUGCUUAAAACUUGUGUCCUCCAGUCAGUACUCGUCGUGUACUUUGCCGUAAAAACCUUUCAGCUUUAAUUCACCGUCAAACAUUUGUUUUUUUUGCCGUAAUCACUUCUAUAGCUAAUUUAUCCUGAAGUGUUUUUCUAUAUCAUAAACAAAGCGGCGUUCUCAAGAGGUAUUACGUUUCCUUUGAGGAAACCUGUGGAUGUUCCCCGAGCAACCAUCUUGACCCGCAUUUUUCACAACCUA